UUUCUCGCAUCAAGGGGGGUCUUGCCACCAAUGUCCUUGAGGUCCGAGGCUUCAACUGCCGAAGCCAGGGAACUUUCACACGGUCCAAACAUGCUGCCGCUGCCGCCUUUCUGCUCCAGAAUCUGCCGGCGGUCCCUUCGAAGCCAUGCAGGCACCGAAAAACCUUAGCAGCUCGCCUUGGGCAUCAGCGCCCUUCGCAAGGAGAACCGGCCACGGCCUCUUCGCCAGUGUCAAGAGACUCGUGUUUUCCGCGACCCGGUCGAUGCAAAAAUGUCGCUGCCAUCGCAAGACACUUUGCCAACCACAUGCAAAAGGGCUGAGUUUGGGGUUCUGCAAGCAAGUAACCCCACGAAGCAGGAAUUGCUUCUGAUUGAGAACGUGCCCCAGGCACUGAGCUUCAAGUGCCUGAGGCAGUUCUCAAUCAAGAGCAACUCCCGCUUUGUUUCAAUUGUGCUUCUAAAUUGGAGGUCGGUUGUUCUGUGUCGUUUGAAUUCUGCCCUUUCUAUACUGUUUAUUUUUUUUUUAGAAACAUGUCCAGAAAUCAAUUCACGCCGCCAACCCUCUUCUCCACUGCUCGGCUGCAAUGUCCUUUAUGCUUUGAAGUUUAGCUGGCGCAACAAGACUAAAGCUCGCUUCGAAGUUCGAUACCUCACAGCUGAGUCAAAGUGUUGUGUUGCAUCCGCCACCUCACAAGUCUAGGAUAAAAUUCCUUGGUCAAACAAAUGAUGCAGCUUGCAAGGCAAGCAUUGUAGCUGUUAAAUUUGGGACAUAUUCUCUCGAUGGCACAAAGUUGUUUGUGGUCUCAGAGCUUGAUCAGUGGCAGUGUCCAACUGCCACAAACGAGUGCUGUUGUCGACACCCUUGAGAUGAGAAGUUUCAUUGCCUUCAGAAAUUUCAGAACAUCUUCCACACUUCUUUGACAUUCUUGGAUUGUCCCCAAGGGAGAAGAAAAAAGGUGAAUAAAGAGAUUCCAUGAGAUUCCUUUCUUUGUCCACCAGUGGGGGCCUCAUUGGUGGCUCCAUGGCUCGCGCAAACCAAAUCCGGGGAGGGGCCAACUCCAUGGUCGAUGAGGAUUUGAUGAGGCGAAUGUUGCGAGGAUCUGAUGGCGUUUGAGCAA